AUGUUGAUCUUCAAGCAGCCGCACAUAUUAUGGCCGAACUUUCGGGACAUGUCGUUGGAAACGUGGAUAGCCAAGCUGCUGCAACAAUCGUCGCCAAUGUCGUUGCCUCGUUCUCUGCAGAAGCUCACGCUAGUUUCGAUGCCACAGCUUCAAUUGUCGCUGAUGUAUCGGCUCAACUUUCUGCUGAAGCUCAAGGAAGUGCUGAUGCUAACCUUCAAGCAGCCGCUUCGAUCGUCGCUGAACUUGCUGCUCAGCUUUCCGCACAAGCUCACGGAAGCCUCGAACCAUCUUCUCAAUUGA